UGAAUUCUGUGACGCAACACAAUUGACCGAAGAGCGAAGAAACUGGGCUUAAUGUAUCCGUACUGCUGAUGCCAGAAAUAAGGAGAGCGCCAGAAAUCACAGCGAAGCGCGGUUAACUGCUACUUGGCCCCCUUUAGUUCAAUUUCCAGUGCUACAGUACUCCAGUCAUUCUGAGUCACUUAACCAGCAAAUUUAUUCGAAUGUGGAAAAUAUGAAUUUGGGUGUUGGGGUGGGAUCGCAGCAUGGCGGGAUUUCCACCAAAGUAAAUAUGAGUGACUCGGACGGCGACUCCACCCAAGGCAUCGUGGUUCUGGUUCGGGAGUUAAACCGCACAGGGAACGGACGGAUUGAGUCACCAGGCUAUGAAUGAGGCUGUGUUGAGCCCCCAUCAGAUUUAAAAUAUCCCGGGAUUGUAAUGUGAGAGAGUCUCUGUGUGAGAGGGUCGGUCCCUGGAACAGUGGGCUAGUCACCCGCCUCGCUCCCCACCAUACGCACGCACACUCUGCAAGGAAAAAAAGAUUUCUGGAAGGUGUAUGAGAGACACAGAUGGCCCCGAGAAAGGGAUCCGUUUUGCUGGCUACUUUGUCACUAUUACACCUCCUGUCCUCUGCCCUCCUUACUAACAUUGCAUCAGCUUCUGGUGUAUCUCUCUUUGGAGAUGGUUAUGUGGAAGUGAGGGAGCCAGGGUCACUGACUUUCAGUAGACUCUCUAUGAAGUUCUUGACCAGCAGGCGCAAUGGGAUUCUCUUCCUGGCUGCAGGCCACAGUAAUUACCUGCUGAUGCAGUUGCACGAUGGAGCAUUACAGGUGAAAUUGCAGCUUGGAUCUAGAGAAGGGACAUUGGAUUCUCAUAAGGGUCUAAACCUUAACAACCUUGUCUGGCAUGAUGUUUCUCUUGUUCAUGAAAAUAAGUCUCUCGCUUUGACUGUAGAUGGACUUUCUACAACCAUGGAAGUACCUGACCAUUUUAAUAAACUGCAAUUCAACUUUGGCUUGUAUCUGGGUGGACCUGGAGAUGCAAAGAUCCCCCAUUUAUCACGGACAUCCACCACGUUCAGAGGUUGCAUUUCAAAGGCCGAGUUUAAUGAUCAUGACUUGUUAUCGUCACUUGUUUCACAGCCUGAGUAUAACACAGAGGAGGGAUGCAGCAAUGUAAUUGUUGCAGGGGUUAAUCAUCCUGCCAACUUUCUAGGUCCAAAAUCCUUUAUUUCCCUUCCAAGUUGGAGUACAAAAGGAGAAAGAAAAUUUCAGUGCUCUCUAAAGACAGCUAUUUUGCAAGCCCCUCUACUUUACCACGCAGGAUGGCAAACAAACUUUAUUGCUUUAGAAAUUGUAGGUGGUUAUUUAAGAGUCUUAAUAGAUAAUGGAAAUGGAAUUGUUAUACUGGACAAUAUGCAUUUUGUCAGUGAUGGAAAAUGGCACAGUGUUAAAAUGCUUUUUAAUACAAGUUAUGUACAACUUACAGUAGAUGAUAAAUUAUCCCAAAACCAGCUAAUUGUCAAUAAGAAGUCAUAUCUGGGUCUCCAAGGACAUCUGUUCAUUGGUGGAACAGACAAUAAAACUUCAGCUGAAUUAGUUAAACGUGGUCCAUCUUAUGUGUUGGUGGAAAGAACAGCUUCUGGCUCCUUCAUUGGUUGUAUUCGCAACUUAUGGGUAAACUCAGAGCAGAAAAGCUUGGCGAAUGCAUUAGUCACCAGGGCUAUCAACACUGCAUGUAGGGAAGAAGAGAAUGUGGCAAUGGAAGAAGGUGAAAACAAGCCAGAAGUUGGGGUUUCACCUGUACCCAUUGCAAGUUUUCGGGGAAUUCUAAAGAGCAAUCCACCAUGUGUGAUUACUAAAAACAUGUCCAAUAUUUUCAAUGGUUUUACAAGACUAUUAGAUCUGAGACCAUUGACUGUAAAGGAAGCAGGAAGUUCUACCUUGGACCUCAAACACAUCCAGCCCACUAUUGAUAUACGCAGAAUUGGAAUAAGACGUUCCCAAGUGGUUUUCAAGAUAACUCAGGAUGGCAGACAUGGACAUCUGGAACUAAAUAUUCCAGGUGCCAAAAGCAGAAAAGCAUUCACUCUUUUGGAUGUGAUCAGUGGCUAUGUUAAAUACCAUCACGAUGGAUCUGAAGUGUUACAUGACCAGUUAAUAUUGGAAGUAUCCAUUCAUAGUAAGGAAGAGAUCCCAAAUUGUUUAAAGAAGGGUCAACAUUAUAUUUUUAAUGUGUCAAUUGUUCCAGUCAAUGACCCACCAGAACUAACCUUCCCAAACAAGGAUCUUAUGAUGAUUCUUGAGAAUACCUGGAAGACCCUUGGUCCAGAUGUCAUUCUACCCAGAGAUGCUGACAAUGUUUGUGCUGAAUUAAAAAUCAUUGUGAUUAAUAAAGAAGAUCAAGGUUAUGUUGAAGAUGCAAGAAGACCCAGCCAGAGGAUUGGAGAAUUUUCAUGUCAGGAUCUUAAAGGAGGAAAUAUUCGCUAUGUUCACGGUGGGGCGAAAGUGUCCCAAUUGUUGCUUCAGGUCAGUGAUGGAGAAAGCAUGAGUGAUGUAACUCUCCUGAGAAUUGUGGCUGUGAAACCUGACCUCCAAUUGGGCAAGAACACAGGUUUAAUUCUUCCGCAGGGAGGUGUGAGUCUAAUCACCAUGAGCAAUCUGUCUGUAGACACCAAUGCAGUCAAUCAGGAAGUAGAUGUGGUAUACAACAUUACUGAGCCAUUACAUUAUGGUGAGGUCCAGAAACGUGAUGCUACUGGGGAAUGGAAAUCAGUCAGGGCAUUCCACCAGUAUGAUAUAGAGCAGGGCCACCUUCGAUACUUCAGCACCGAUCCUGAGUUCCGGACACAAGACAUUAUUGAGAAACUAAAGUUUUCAGUGACGGUUGGACAGCAAAUUCUUGAAGAUAGUGUAUUUCUUAUUAAAAUAAAAAGUUCCAAAAUAAUGCUUCUCAGAAUAUCUCCUAAUGAGCUAAAUAAUGUUAGACAAGGCAAGAUUACACACAAUGAACUUGAGGCUGCAAUAGAAGGACAUUUAAUCCCUGCUGAUUCAUUCAGGUAUGUGAUUUUAAAGUCUCCUGGUAAAGGAAAGUUACUAGUGGAAAAUAAGGAGCUAAGAGCAGGUUCUACCUUUACACAGGAGGAUUUAAAACAAGUAGGACUCACUUAUGUGGCUACUGUUAGAAACACUGAAGAAACCCAAGAUAGUUUCCAGUUUCAAGUAUUUGUUGGUGAUCAACAAUCCCCUGUUUAUACUUAUCCAAUAUUGAUUGGCGUUGAUCCAGAUGUACCGAUUCUGAUUACUAAGGCGUUAGUUGUGGUGGAAGGAGGUGAAAAAAUCAUUACCAAGAAUCAACUUUUCACUAAGGGUCAGAGCACUGUUGCUUUUGUGUAUAACGUUACACAGGGCCCUCAGCAUGGAGAGCUGACUAUACAGCUAGACACCAAGGAACCUGUCACAGUCUUUACCAAUGAGGACAUUCUCCAAGAGCGGUUAAUGUAUAAGCACGACAACUCUGAAACACUGGAAGACAAGAUUGGUUUUGUAGUUGUGGAACAGUUUACAGGUGACGGACCUAAGGCGGAUGUGGUUCAUGGUACAUUAUAUAUUUACAUAAGGCCAGUAAAUGACCAGCCACCUGUUCGAGUGGUGAAUAAGACAUUAAAUGUAACCCUAAACGGACAACACUUACUGACCACAGCAGAGCUUUGUUUCCAUGAUGCAGAUUCUGAUUUUAAUGAUUCCAAAUUGAUUUAUACUAAGUGGGGGACAUCCAAUGGUAAUAUUGUCUCUGCAGAUGACACUGCUCAUGAACUCUCCCGCUUCAGUCAGGAAGACAUGGAAAAGAAGCGCGUGUUAUUUAAACACCAUGGUGCUCGCCGAGGAAAGUUCCAGCUGCAAGUGUCUGAUGGUGUACACCAAGCAACAGCUGUGCUGGAAGUUCAUGCAUUAGACCCUUACUUGAAAGUAUUCAAUAAUUCAACCUUCUUGGUUCAGCAAGGACAAGAGGCAAGUGUCCAUGGCUACUUCCUCAGCGUGGAGUCCAAUGUGGACAUUUGGAGUGAAGAAGAAAUAGUAUACCAAAUAACACUUCCCCCGAGACAUGGGGAGAUUCUAGUCAAUGGUGAACUAAAUCUGACCUUCUCCCAGAAAGAUAUAAAUAAUAACCAAGUAGUUUAUCACCAUGACAACAGCAGGCAUUCAAGGGAUUCCUUUAAUUUUAUGGUUGAAGUGAAAGAGGUUAAAGCAGAAGGAAUUUUCCCCAUUUUGAUCUUUAUGGACGGUCAUCAUCACCGACCAAUCGUGGUGCACAAUGAAAAAAUCUUUGUAGACCAAGGAAGAGCAAAGAUCAUUCAGAUGGAGCAACUUCUGGUAACUCAUGACGCCAGUCUUCCAUCAGACCUGAUCUACUCUGUGAAGGUUCCUCCUGCUUAUGGACAUCUAGCCAUGGUCACUGACAGCUCGAGAGCUGUCCAGCAGAAACCCCUCAUCUCAUUUUCCCAGGAUGAUAUAAAUGGAGACAGAGUCCAGUACAUUAAUCACAGACUCAACCCUCAGGGGGAUGCUUUCACUCUGGAAGUAUCCACUGGAUUUAAGUCGGUGGAUGGUCUAACAGUUGUGAUAGAUAUCAUCCCUGAUCUCAUUUCCUUGGAAACUCAGAACAUCUCGGUGAGAGAGGGAGGUGAACAUCUCCUUGGUGAGGACAUCCUCCAUAUUCCCAAUUACCUACACUCCUCCAAUUUUCGAUUUUACAUUACAAAACCCCCGGAACAUGGCAAGAUCGGGUACCAAGGGUUUCCUAAAGACAGCCUUUCAGUUUUCAGUAUGAAGGAGGUCAAAGAAGAUGCUGUGUUUUAUUUCCAUGACAACAGUGAAACAUUGACAGAUUGUUUCACUGUGAUUGUAAAUGCUUCUGAGAUUGACAGACAGAGUGAAGCGAUGUCAGUCCAUGUAACAGUGAUCCCCGUUAAUGACAAGCAGCCGAUCGUCACUGUUAACACUCCGCUGGAGAUGUGGGAAGACAGUUCUGCUGAGAUUUCCUUGGAUUUCCUGUACACAGAGGAUGCUGACAGCCCUGCAGAUGAACUAGUUUAUUCCAUCAGAUCCCCAUCUAAUGGGCAUGUGGCCCUGCAACCUGACCUUACUGACAGCGUCGUGGAGUUCACACAGGCUGAGAUCAAUGCAGGGCUGGUCACCUUUGUACACCAUGGAUCAUUGUCUGGAGGGUUCCAUUUUCAGGUGUCUGAUGGUAUUAACCACACCCCCAGCCAGUUAUUCACAGUCAAGGCUAGAUCCUUGAAGAUUCAGAUCAAAACUGAGGAGCCUUUCGUUGUUUAUCCAGGAACACGCCAGCCAAUCACAACCAGGCAUCUAACAGCAAGAACCAAUGAUGACAGUAAAGCAAGGAACCGACCAAUCACAUACACAAUUGUGACGCCCCCUGCCUUGGGACAGCUCGUUGCAGUUCACAAUGAGAACGUCACCGGGAAUGUUUCCAGCUUCACUGAAGAAGACCUGAAGACCAGCAACAUUUUCUACCACCAUGACUGGCCCAAGGAGCCCUUCUGGGAGUGUCAGGAUUCAUUCCAGUUUGUAGUUUCCUCUGCCCCAGCAGUUACAGAGAAACACAACCUGACACUCUCGAUUUCCUUUGAACAUCAUGGUCCGGGACAAGGCUCCCAGCUUUGGAGGAAUAAAGGCCUGAAGCUGCCUCAAGGUCAAAGUGCAGCAAUUGACCAGUCGUUAUUGGAUGCCUCCAACCUCCUGUCCUCAGUGUCGGCAACCGAUCGGUCUGCUUACGACAUUAUAUUUGAGGUGAGCACCCAGCCGCUCCAUGGAUUCCUGACCCUGUCUGGCAAGAGAAAGGUGCGGAAGUUCACUCAGUCUGACUUGUUGUCAUCUGCACUGCAGUACACACACGUCAGGUCAGGGUCACUGACUGACAGCUUCGUGUUCCGAGCUCGGCUGGGCCGAAGGAGAAAGUCGAUGGCCCGGCCUGCAUACAACAGAGCCACCAUUGUUAUUUCGGAGCCCUUUAAUGUGACGGCACUGCCAGUGAAGGGGUAUCUUCCACAGAUUGUGACGACGGGAUCAACUCUCCAUGCUCUGCAAGGUUCCAGCCUAGUGUUGACUCAAAGGCACGUGCACACUUCCGACCCUGAUAAUGUGCCAGAAGAAAUUCAGUACAGCGUGGUCACAGGGCCAGACAACGGUUUCUUUGUGCAUGGAGUUAACAGCAGGAUGCCCAUAAAGCGAUUCACACAGGCCGAUAUCAAUGCUGGCAAAGUACUUUUCAAAGCCAAUGGUCCACCGGGUAUCAGCACAUUCCACUUCAGAGUCUCCGAUGGGGAACAUCCAGCAGUUGAGGGGACUCUGACUAUUGAGGUUCUGAAAGUGACUCACAACAAAGAGAUUGUAUUAACCCAAGGUGAGCCAGCAGCACCCAUAACCAGAGAGCAUCUUCUGGCAGAUAGUAAGGGAGAUGACCCUGUGCGUUACAAGAUAACCCAGCAGCCAAGGCAUGGGGAGGUAACUGUGAACCAGGCUGUGGUGACCGAGUUCCUGCAGAGACACGUAGACGAUGGGGUGCUGAAGUACCGUAUGACGGACUUCUCUGUUCACCAGGACAGCUUCCAGGUUUGGGCCCUGACCCAAAAGGGCAAUGUAUCGGCCACGGUGAACGUUACAGUGCGGCCACUGGUGAGGGUGGCCCACGAGCUACAAUGGCCCAGAGGUACCACCAUCUUAAUUGAUACAGAUAUUUUGGAUGCAAGUGAACUGGCCCUUAAAACCCAGAGCAUUCCCUCCUUCCACCUCAUCCAGCAGCCCAGAGCUGGGAGAUUAAUCCGGCUACAUAAAGAGAAUGGAACUCGAAGUCCACUUGGCAGUAACUUCAUCCAGACUGACCUUGAAGACAGAAAUGUAGCCAUUGAAGUCUUUGAUUCUGAUCUGGCUGUGACAUCCCCACAGCUGGAUGGCUUCCAAUUUCUCUUGAAAGCUGAUGGGGUGCCAGCUGCCAUUGGUGCUCUGGAAUUCCGGACUGUUGCGUAUAUACGAAAUGCCACGUUACUACAGAACUCUUCCCCAAGGAGUACAGAGUUAGUGUAUUCCAGCACCAGCCCUCCAGUUCAGGAUGCAAAUGAAAUGGAUGGGUACACUUGUGCAACAACGUGGAAUCCCUUCACAUUUGGACGAAGACAGAAUGAGGCGACAUCAGACAGUGUAACAACAGGGUUCCCGUCCGCAGCAGGCAAUGACAGGGCCGUCAGCUCAGCAGCCGGCAAUCUCAUCGCAAUCAUUAUUUCUGUUAUCCUAAUCAUUUUGCUGUUGUUGAUUAUUGCCACGAUUGUGAUCUACAUUACAAAGCGCAACAAGACAGGAAAGCACAACGUGCAGGCGACCCCCCGGAACGGUGCAUUGGAGAACGAGACCUUUCGGACAACCGACCCUGUUCAGUCUGUCCCUCUAGUGAAUGUGAGGCCAAUAAAUGGCACAGACAUACAAUCCAACAGUGGCCACGUUAAUCCUGAGGCGAACCGGUUCUGCAAGACAGGCAACCCGACAGUGAAAACCAAUCACUACUGGGUAUGACCC